UGCGUAGAGUAUGAUUCUUGUGAUCAUUAACUUCACUUUAUAUAUAAACGCUCUUUUGCUGGCGUUUACAGGAAGUCUGUAGUGUACACGAGAAGUGGAAGAACCGCUAAGCGCGACCUCCGAUCCCUGUACUGUAUGCAUAAGACCUAGGCAAGUCAACUCACACUGUAGCUUCAGCUCCUUGGCGGUUGGAACGCCAUGGAGUGGCUAGUAAAGGGCCAGGGUGCGGCCAACAUUGUCUUUAGCUACCAUGGAGAUGAUCGCAACCUGCAUGGCCACGUCCUGCGGAUUCGCAAAGCUACGGCCCACGUAGCCUCCGAAGUUGAUGAGCAUAUAUGGGAAGACGUUUUGGGAUGUACAAACGGCAAUCCCUUAACGCGUGAGUUGGCCUACAUAUCCAACGUCAUGGCCCCUUUGCUUGGAGAGGAGUACGUGCACCCAGGGGUGCCGUGCUGCGUUCCGGAGAGCUUCCGCGAGCAUGUGGGGGCGCACGCCGGUUGCAGCGGCUUCCCGGCCCUCCUGCAACCCGACCACACCACCUUCCAUGCAACCGCCCUCCAAGGCUACACCGGCGUGGGUCCCGCCAUCUGCCUGGAGAUCAAACCCAAGUGGGGUGUGCGGCCUGGUGGAGGCAGCUGUCAGCAGCAACAACAACAACAACAAAGCGUACAGUCAUCUCCGCAGGCUGAAUCUGCCGUAGUAGAGUCCCUAGUCGCGGCGGCCAGCAGCGGUGCUUGCCCCUCCGCCGAGGCCAAGCCUAGCACCGGAGCAGCCCUGGCAGCACCAGCGGUGGUUGGACAGCAGUGCCCGGCCUGCAGCAGCGAGGGGCGGUCAACGGAGCAACAGGGAGAGCGGCAGGGGGAGUUGGCUGUUGUUGACGUUGCCGCAGCGGAGGGCACCGUGGUGGACGUACGGCACCGGUAUCCCCGCUUCCUGCUGCACAUGCUGUUCAAGCACGUCAAGGAAGGUGCGCCCCUCAGCUACUACAACCCGCUGGACCUGUUCUCCGGGGAGCCGGGGCGCAUGAGGCGAGCGCUGAGGUGCCUGCUGGAGUCGCCCAGCAACAACCUACGUGUGUUCAAGGACGGUGUCCCGGUGUACGGCGCCGGUGUGCGUCACGGAUGCCCCAGCAGUAGCAGUGGCGCAGGGAGCCAUGCAACAGCAGCCCCCACCUCAGCCCCCAGCCCCCAGACGUGCCUGCAGCAGCUCGCAGCCCAGCUGCGCGGUCUGGUGCUCCCUGACAGCAGCACGCGAGCUGAGGAGCAGCGGCGAUGUCAGGGGCAGCAGCAGCAGCAGGAGGAGAAGGAGGGGGUCCUCAGGGCUGGCAGCGGCGCUGCGGGGACGUCUUUGGGACCGGCGUGUAAUGGAGAGGAGGGCGCAGUGGAGGAGGAGGGGAGGAGGGGCGUCCCUGCAGCAGCUGCAGCGGUGGCGCAGGAGGAGGUGGAGGUGGAGGGGAAUGCGGGUCUCUCGGAGGAGCAGGAGGAGGUGCUGGAGGAGGUCAUACGGCUGGCGGUGGAGGCGCUGCAGCGAGAGGGUGUGCUAGCCAGGCUGCAUGCGGUGCAGGCGCUGGACACGCUGGGGCCGCAGGGGGCGCUGCGGGUGUAUGAGGAGGUGGUGGCGGCGCUGCAGAAAGAAGAUCCGGCCUGCCACCCGGCCGUUGACUCCACAGCCGCCCAAGACGCAACCACAACCUCGUCCUGCACACCGGGCGCCGGUGUCCCCCAGGCCGCCCAUGCCGGCCGGCUGUCCGCCCUCCGCAGCUACCUCAUGUCCGCCACCGCCAAGGACUGCGGCAUCAUGAUCACACUGCAGCGAGCCCAGCCCGUCACUCCCAGCGGGACUCUUCCUGCUUCAGCUGCUGCUGCUCCUGCUGCUGCUGAUGAUGAAAAUGAUGUGGGGGGCGCGGUAGCCGCCCAGCAGGCGUCGGUCCUGCUGUCGUCGGAACCUGCCUGCAGCUCCGGGGAGGGGGCCGCACCCGCAUCAAGGGCGGCUGCAGCAGCUGCUGCUUCCGCACAGCAGCCGCAGGCAUCCGACUGUUGUACUGCAACAACAGAACAAACGGAGCUUUUGGAUGUGAAGCUGGACUCGGAUGCGGCGGCGGCAGCGGACGGAGGCCUCCCCGCGCUGCAUGCGGUCGUGUCUUCCGCGCAGCGGCUGCAGCGGCGGUCGUGUGUGGGGCUGCUGCAGGCGGGCGCAGAAGGCGGGAGGGCGGGGGGGCCGGCGGCCUACCUGUACAAGGUGGCGUUUGUGGAUCUGGACAUCAAGGCGGCUGCCAAGAUCGUCAGGCACCUGGAUCUGGAGCGGCGGCUGGUGGCGUGUGCGGAGGAGCAGGGGGGGCUGCUGCGGGAGCUGGCGGAGCGCGCGGGGUGGCGGGGGUGAGGCAGGGGUGUGGGGGGGGGGAAUGUUGACCUGUGUGAGGCCUUGGAUGGUGCGCUGACGCCUGGAGAAGCAUGCAUGGGCGCAGGGCAUGGUGGCAGAGGCUGCGUGUUGGCCGCCCUCACAAGCGGCUUUGGUAGGUUUUUUGUUUGAGGAGUACGGUUGCAGGGCCGGGGUGUCCUUCCAGGUGCUGCCUGGCUGGGCGGAGGGGGCCUCGCAGCUGGGGAUACGGGGGUGGUGGAAUAGAGGGUAGGGUGCUCGGCUCCAAGAGGACAAACAACGGCGUAGGAGGCUUCGUUGCGCGGUGUGGUCGUGAGCCUGAUUAGGACACAUCAUCAAGCCCGGUUGCACGUGUGCGUCAGUCCAGCGCAUGCAAUAGCCGGCCCGCAUCCCCGAGGCGCCUCGGGCCGCACCCCCUGGGCGCAUGGAAGCUGCGCGCGCAGCAGUGCCGAGCAGCACACCCCAGGCUGGGCUGGGCGGGUUGCACAUGUUGCAAACCAUGAUGACGCCUUAUCAGGGGUUAUCACACGGCCAGCUAGUUGUUUCCUCUUUACCCCAGGCUGGGACACCCAUGUCUUAUGUCUCAGCGUAACCACCGUAUCCACUGCACGCAAAACACAUUACCAGCGCUCGUCCUAGUCAACCUUAUUCCCCCGGGCCCCCACCAUGUAACAAAACCAACACUACA